AUGUUGAAGAGGAAGCACUUGUUGCAAGCGCAAGAAGCAACCUAUGCGAAAUAUGGUAAAAUUUAUACGACCGCGGCCCCUGGUGUUGGUCGGACGAUCAAUGUUAUGGAGCCUGAAAUUUUGGACCAUGUCUUACGAGUCAAUUUCUGGGCGUAUGAGAAGGAUCCUAGAAGCAAGACUACUUUGUGGCCUUUAAUAGGAGCAGGCAUUUUCGGUGCAGAUGGCGCGCACUGGAAGUGGCAGCGCAAGUUGACAAGCAACAUAUUUUCUGCCAAAGCUUUCCGGCAGUAUACUUCAGAAGUAUUUUGUCGUGAAGCUCAAACAGUUAUAAAUUAUAUCGAUAAAUAUGCCAAUUCUGGAAAAGUAAUCGAUCUUCAGCAACUGUUCAAUUGUUUCACUCUCGAUUCUUUUGGCGAAAUCGCUUUUGGGCAGACCUUUGGCUGCUUAGACGAUCCGGAGCAUCCGACCGAAUUUGCAGUUGCGUUCGAUCAUCUCAAUCAUCUUCUCGCUGGUGGAGCUUCGACACCAUUUUGGGGCCUCAAGCUCUGGUUGACAGGUCGAGGGAAACAAAUUGCAAAGGAUAGCAAGUUUGUUCGAGAGUAUGCUCUCAAUAUUAUUCAAGAUCGACGCAAUAACCAGACAUCUCCUUCACUUGCUGCAAAACAUGGAAACCCGCACCAAAAAGACCUAUUGCAGUUAUUCAUGGACGUGGGUACUGACAACGUUGGUAAUGUUGAUGAGGCUACGAAGCUCUCAGACGAUAUGCUUGUGGACAGUGUCCUCAACUCCCUCAUUGCUGGCCGCGAUACGACCGCACAGGCACUUACUUGGACAUUCUACCUCAUGCACCGCACGCAGGCAGGGCCAGAACUGGUCCAAAAGUUGGUCAAGGAAACAGAGGAGGUCUUGAAGGGAGAGAAGCCAACUUAUGAAAGUACCAAACAGCAAAAAUAUGCCGAGGCUUGCUUCAAUGAAGCAUUGAGGCUUUACCCUUCAGUCUCCAGGAACUCAAGGAUCUGUAUUGAGGAUGAUGUCCUACCUGGUGGUCUUAAAGUAUACAAGGGUGAGCGCGUAGCAUGGAAUUUAUAUGCCAUGGGCCGUGCGACUCAUAUCUGGGGACCAGAUGCAAAGGAAUACAAACCUGAGCGUUGGAUGAAAGGGAGCAAGCCAUCUUCCACCAAGUUUAUUUCCUUCCAUAGUGGCCCACGUACAUGCCUCGGACAGCAGUUUGCCACCAUCGAAGCUGUUACACUUAUGUCUAUGUUGAUCCAACGUUUCACAUUUGAACUCGUGAACCCCGAUCUUGAGCCUGCAUACUUGCCUUCCUUGACACUUCCGGUGGAUGGAGGUCUGCCCGUUCGUAUCAAACGUCGCAAAGAAACCAUAGCUGUUUAA